AUGGCGGCGCUUCCCAGCAUGGGAGCCCUCUAUAUCUCCUCGCCGGAGCAAGUGUCCCGUUCAAGUGCGUCUUCGGAUUCAGCCCAGGCGGACCACCAACUUGUUGCCGGGAUGGGCGCGCUACAGAACCCCGACAAUGGCGGCCAUCGGGCCUACAUCCCAAGUCUUUGGAAUGGCUGUCUGGGAUCGCAGACUAGCAGCGACGAUUUGGAUAAUUACGCACUUCACGGCUCUCCCGCGCUCAGCAGCCUCCCUCAGACAGCUAGCUCAAAUCAGUCCUCUCCGCGCAGUUGGGAUUCGCCAGAGCAGCUCGGCCCAACGCCGUGGGAAGCAGCAACGGAGCAACUCCACAGCCGGUAUCCUGGACUAGACUCGCAGCUCCCCGGCUACCUUUCCAGCAACGACAUCCCAACAUCCUUCUCCUCUGAUGGCAUGCCGUUGGUGGCGCCCCAAUCCUUCGACGGAGCAGACAACGACUACCAACGUGCUCGAAGCCAAACCGAGCCGUACCCAGCCGGGUAUCACACAUCACCAAGAGACGGAUACCCUUCAACCCCCGAGAGCGGAAACCCGUUGUCGCCCUGCAGCACGACACUCUCAAUGCCGAUGGAUGACAUAACAAUUUGCUUGGAUGAUGAUGUGGACAGCCAAGCUCCGACGCUGGUCAACAUUGGCCCGGAGACCCGGCCUCGCAACAAGAGAAGCUCUGCUCCACAGGUCCAACCCGGCGGAGGGAAACCCGAAGAACCUCCAUACGCCCAGCUCAUCUACCGCGCAUUCCUGAGCACACCGCGGCAAGCCAUGACUUUGCAGGAGAUCUACCAGUGGUUCCGCGAGAACACGGAUAGGGGCAAAAGCGCCAACAAGGGCUGGCAAAACAGCAUCCGACACAACCUGAGCAUGAACCAUGCGUUCACCAAGCGCGAUCGUAGGAACAGCACCACCACGGCCGAUACAAAAAACGGGUCCGCGAACCCUACUACUCACGCCGAGACAAAGAAGUCGACCGAGUGGUUCCUCGAACCCUGGGCUGUCGCAGGCGUGCAGAGCACAACGCGCUACCGCAAAGACAACCAAUCCCGGCGCAGCGCCACCAGCCACGCCGGGCUCUCCUCGCGCGUGUACCGGAGCUACCCCGCCCACCACCACCAUUCGUUCGGCAGAAAGGGAGGCCGGAUUCCCCGCGGCAGCCGCCAGUCCCUCCGCAGCAACAGCAGCGCCGCCUCCACCCAACCUCAGUUGCAACACUACCACUUCCCCCCUUCGCCCCACCAACAAAGUGCCACCAGAGGUCCAUUCCUCCACCUCAUCAACGACCCUUCCUUAUCCCCUUCUCCCUAUGGCGGGCCGACGUCCUUCUUCCACCACAGCCCUACUGUCCAAGCCCCGAGCAUGGACCGGGCCAGCAGCGGAACAGAGCUCAACUACAACUACCCCGACCCGCAACUCUUCCCAUCCCACACAUCACCCGCCUUAACAACCACAACAAUGGCCCGCGCCUCCAGCGAUCCCGGCACCGCAUUAAACGAGCCCGUCACACCGGAACCGCUGCCUCUCCUCCACCACCACCACUCCCCCUACGGCCAGCUGCUCCCCGACCUCCGUGGCAGUGCCGGCGGCGUCGUGUCCCCGCCCCCGGGGAAUUACCACCACCACCAUCACCACCACAGCCACAGUGCCUCCCACGGCGCUGAGACCCACGGCCUACCGUUUGUCACGCCCAACGGCUACCCCCUAACAAUGCCGGAGGUGUAUGCGGACGCGAUGGACACGGAUGGCGGCGCCUAUCAUCACCAGCAGCAACAGCAGCUCCAUCACCACCACCUUCAGCAACAACAGCAGCAGCAAGUUCAGGGCUGGGUGGCUACUGCGAGUGGGGUUGCGGGGUUAGAGGGUAUGGGGCAAUGUGGAGAGGACGGCGUUACGGUGCCUGCUGCAGGGUACACGCUGGGGCAGGGGUUUUGA